AUGGCUGAAGUCGCAGAGUACGUAAUGAAAUACCGUAUGGCAAGGGAAGCCAUGGAAUUAGUGGGCACCAUACUUGAAUGGGCUGAUUUUGACGCGGAGGCGGAUUGUGAGACACUGAAGGGAGCGAUGCGAGGUAUUGGAACGGACGAAGAUGAAAUCACUGAAGUAUUGGCCAAUCGCACCAACACACAACGCCAGCUUAUCAAACAUACAUUUACCUCCUGCUACGGAAAGGAUCUAACAGAGGAGUUGAAGGAGGAACUUCGAGGAAACUUUGAGGAGGUAGUGAUGGCGCUGUUGGAUCCACCUCCAGUCUACGACGCAAAGACACUUCGUCGAGCUAUGAAGGGACUAGGCACCGACGAGAAAACGAUUAUUGAAAUAAUGUGCACAAGAAUGAACCAGGAAAUUGAAGGUAUCAAAGAAGCUUACGCAGAAGUGUUCGAACGCGAUCUUGCUGAAGAUUUGGAAAACGAAACAUCUGGUGACUUCAAAUAUCUAAUGGUCUCAAUUGCCAAUGCUGGCCGAGAUGAAAGCGAUGAAGUAGACGAAGAUGCCGCCACCGAAGACGCACAGGAACUGUUUGAUGCCGGCGAAGAUCGAUGGGGCACCGAUGAGAGUUGUUUCAAUCGUAUCCUAGCUACAAGAAACUUUGAGCAACUGCGUUGUGUUUUUGAUAAGUACAACGAGGUAGCUGGCUGUGACAUCGAAGAUUCCAUUCGUGACGAAACAUCCGGUAACUUGCAAGACGGAUACCUUGCUAUAGUUGCUCGUGCCCGUAGUGUUGGAGAGUACUUUGCCGAACGUGCAUAUGAUGCCAUCCACGGACCAGCCACCGACGACGACCAACUCAUCAGAGUGAUAGUCACAAGAUCAGAGAUCGAUCUAAAACGAAUCAAGGCAGCAUUUUUCGUGAAAUACGAGAAAGGCCUGGCAACAUUUGUCGAAGAAGAUACCAGUGGCGACUACAAGAAAAUGUUGGUUGCCUUGGUUAAGGGCGAUACCGAUGACGAGUAAACCUUCUAGCUCCCGCUAAUAUUACUAUUUGAUAAUGCUUUAGAAUAGUAGUUAGGCCUAUCUAGUAAUAUGAAUUUUAUAUUGUGAUUUUAAAACAGGAACUCUAAUCACUUGAUAUGAUUGAUUUGAUCUGAUUUUACAAAUUAAAAUUUGGUGUUAAUAAAAAUUGGAAAAUUGAAUAUAAUCGUCACAAUGACAUAUAGCGCCUCGGAAGUGUUGAUGAAAAAUGAAACGCAUCCGUUCAUAUACUACCAGUCAUUACAUAGUGUAUUCAGAUUUCUUAACGUAUAUACAUACUUAAAUGUAUCUCAGUUGAGAGAAACCAGGUAUUUUCAUCAAAAACAUAAGUAUAUCAAUAUCAUCAAUCAUCAAUAAUGGAUUGUUAUUUUAACACGGUGUAUAUUUUAUGUGGCAAUGGUUAUAUUAUAUUUGGUUUUUCAUAAAAUGUAUAUUUAGAAAUCUGUGGUUGUUAUUGAUAGUAAUAAAUAAAUAAACAAUCAUUGGUGUAUGGAGAUGCAUUAUAUUAUUAAGAUUACGACAAGUGAACCAUGAGGGCGCUCUAAAAUCUCUACAUAUUAAUGAAAGGAUAAACAAUUAUUCACACUAUUAAACAUUUAAUGUCAAUAAAAUUGACUUUAUAAUAAAUCAAUAAUGUCAUAAAUUUUACAAACACGAAUAUUUCAAUAUUGAAACGCUAAUAACAUCAUCUAUGACGAAAAUAAAGUUCAGUCAUGUGGAUAUCCUAAUAAAAUCGAUAACUGUCUUUUGUCUGGAGAAAAAAAAGUAGUGAGAACAGAACAUCUGCUUCGUUAAGACAGUGAAACACAAGUGAAUAUAGCAGACGAUACCUGUAAUAGCGUUGCAAUUUCUACGUCUUUUAGAACGUUCUUUUGCCAAAUUUUGAUCUCUGUAAUUUACUAAAUUUUGUCUUGCUAAAGUUUAUUGAACAAAAUCGACUUGCUUUCAAGUUUUUGAAGACCAUUUAUGAAUGGAUUUUAAAAAGUUGCUUCAUCUUGUUUUUCUUGUAAGUAUACCAGUUACCUGUUCAUAAAAUCUACUUUCUGUCGUUGAAUUAAUCACUUUAUGUAAGUAAUGGUAGUUUGUGUACAUUAAAACUUUCAAAACUUCAAAUUUA